UUGGCGAGGAAGAUUUCCUAUUUGAGGUUACACACAUAAUUCAAUGACAAAAAAAUUGUCGAAAUGAACCAAAACAUUUGUGUGCACUGUUUGAAAAGAACGUUUAGUACAACGACUAGUGUCUUCAGAAAACCACCAAUAUGGCCUGCUAAGCGGAGCAGACGACCUUUUGAUGAGCGAUAUCCCGUUUCGGCAAAACACGUGAAUGAGAGGAGACGUGGAGGGAGCCGGGAACUAGCUGAGAAAGUGGCACUCCACCAUGUUCAACCCACUGGAUUUAUUCACAUGAAAUAUAAAAGAUUUUUCAGAGUGAAGGAAAUGACACCAGAAUUAAUUGUCCCAGAUCUUAAAGACUGCAAGCUGAAGCCAUAUGUGCCGUACGACAUAAACCCCAUCCAACAGAGCGAGUUCACCGCCCACGAUCUCUUCAAUAGCUGUUACGCCAAAGACAUCAACGAGAAAUUUGAUAGCGGGGAAUAUGUGAUAGAAAAUGAUGAAAUCGUCAAAAAACCCUCAUCAUCGUGAUUAUGAAAUAUUGAUGGCGACCGUAUGUCCCUGCCAGUGUGAUUGGUAUAUGUGUCCCAUGGCACGGUGCGACAGGUGUGGAGAUAUUCAUCAGCGAUAGCCGUGACGUCAUCACCUCUGACAUGCGGGAAUCGAAUCACAUCCCUCGAAUCCAGUCUGAUGUUUAUGGCAUGUGUAAAGUUUAUGUUUAUAAUGUUCACUGUAAUAUGUGGUAAUAAAUGAUGUUUAAAAAUGAC